AACCUAUGUGUCAAAUAAAUGCUAAAAUCUCUAUCAAAAACUUAAUAAAACAGUUAAUUUGCCAAUGACGGGGUGAUUGUGGAAAAUUCGAUAAAAUUUAGUUUUAUUGUACCUGAUUGUUUUAUUUGUUUGAACAAGAUGUUAAUAUUUCGAGUUAUAGCAGGACUAAUGCCGAGCUAAAACCGAGGAACAAUGUUGCAGAUGGGAGUCUUGUUUAAUGAUGUUAUUAAAGUGACAUAAUCACAAAUCAACCAUAUUCCCAUCUUAGCUGAUUAAUAAUUUGCAUAUACAAUAUGAUGACCUCGGAGGAAUCCGACUCUUUGAGUACAAUACCUUCAGACGGCCACCCCGAAGAUGCAUCAGCAUCAGGCACUGAAGAAGCUCCUUCUUCUAUGGUAUCAAGCGAGGCGGAAUCGGACGGCAGUGUGCUGUCCGAGCCCCCACGUCACGAUACAAUAGACAAUAUGUUGAACCACACUGAAACUGGCUCAAUGGACCAGACGCAGAAUUCACUUGACAAGACCCUCGGGCCCACUGCCGAUGUACGAGCGGUUGGCAGUACUUUAGCAUCUUUAGUUUCUACAAGAGGCUCAAUGCUCCCAUGGGGUCCCAACAAGGGUGUCUUCGUUCCUACAUCAGAUACAGAUCUAAGACCAGGGGAGUAUGUAAUGCGUCUCCUCUUCACGGAGUUCACUGUGCAGGCUGAGAGGAAGAUGGAAGCGGUUAUGGCUGAGCCUUUGGAAAAGCCACUCAACAAGACCCUGCAGAGAGGUGAAGACCCACAGCUAGAUCAAAUACUCUCUGCAUUUGGUACAGUAGCAGAACACUGCCUUCCGUCUCUGCUGCGAGCCCUGUUCGGCUGGUUGGAGAGGCAGAUGGCGGAGUCGCCACAACUGAAUGAACAAGCCAAAAAACCUCAUCAAGAUUUGAGAAAUAAAAGCAUAAUCUACAUAGUAUCAGGCAGUGGAGCUGGAACCGAGCAAGUUGAACGGAGUUGUGAGGAGCUCCAGGCGGAGCGGCGAGAUUUGGCCGUGGAGUUCCUCUUCUGUCUGGCCUUGAUUGAGGUUUUGCGGCAGCUGCCCUUCCACCCGGGUCAUGAAGAUCUCGUGCAGUACAUAGAGAAUGUGGCCUUCAAGCGAUUCAACUAUAAAGAAGGUUUGCAGUCAAACCCGAAUGCAGCUAACGUGCACAUCAUAGCUGAUUUAUACGCAGAAGUUAUUGGCGUGCUUGCUCAGUCACGUUUUGCCUCCGUGCGAAAACGAUUCACAGCAGAAUUAAAGGAGCUAAAAAGCCGCGAGCCAUCACCUCACACAACACAAAGUAUAAUAUCCCUGUUAAUGGGUAUGAAGUUCUUUCGAGUCAAGAUGGUGCCAAUUGAGGAAUUCGAGGCGUCCUUUCAAUUUUUGCAAGAAUGUGCUCAGUACUUCCUCGAAGUUAAGGACAAAGAUAUCCGGCAUGCGCUGGCCGGACUAUUCGUUGAGAUACUUGUACCAGUUGCAGCGACCGUGAAAAACGAAGUAAACGUACCAUGUCUCAAGAAUUUCGUCGAGAUGCUCUACAGCCACACACUAGACACGAGCACCAAAUCCAAACAUCGCCUGGCGCUGUUCCCGCUGGUCACGUGUCUACUUUGCGUAUCCCAGAAGCAGUUCUUCCUGGCGAACCUGCAUUGCUUUCUCGCCAUGUGCCUGUCACAUCUAAAAAAUAGGGACCCUAAAAUGUGCAGAGUGGCACUUGAGUCGCUGUAUCGUCUUCUUUGGGUGUACAUGAUCAGAAUCAAGUGCGAGAGCAACUCAGCCACGCAGUCUAGGCUGCAGAGUAUUGUGAAUUCACUAUUCCCGAAAGGAUCCAAAGGGGUUGUACCACGUGACACACCAUUGAACAUCUUCGUCAAAAUUAUACAGUUCGUUGCGCAAGAGAGGCUCGAUUUUGCGAUGCGAGAAAUAGUCUUUGAUUUGCUAAUGGUGGGACGACCCAUUAAAAUCAUUUUAACACCGGAAAGAAUGUCGAUCGGACUCCGAGCGUUCCUGGUCGUAGCUGAUAGCCUUCAGCAGAAAGAAGGGGAGCCGCCUAUGCCUAGAACAUCUGGCACUCUACCCUCAGGGAAUACUUUACGCGUUAAGAAGACUUUCCUUAACAAAAUGUUGACGGAUGAGACAGCUCGGUCUAUUGGUAUGAGUGCCUAUUUUCCAUACGUAAGGCGGGUUCUGGUGGAAAUCCUCAGGGCUCUAGAUGCUCAUUAUGGACGGCCAUUGAUGCUAACGAAUACCCAAAACGUGACCAAGGAACAGGAGAUUAAUACAGGCGAAAGGAAGCCGAGAAUCGACUUGUUUAGGACAUGUGUUGCUGCAAUACCAAGGUUGAUACCGGAAGGCAUGAGUCCGAACGAGCUGGUCGAUCUUCUGUGUCGGCUAACAGUGCAUAUGGAUGAAGAAUUGCGAGGACUUUCGUUCCAAAGUCUACAAACGCUGAUUGUGGACUUCCCAGAGUGGCGGCAAGACGUUCUCGCUGGGUUUACGCAGUUCCUAGCGAAGGAGGUUCAGGAUACAUCACCGCAACUGGUUGAAAACGGACUUCGAAUGCUAUUACAACUGGUAACGAGUUGGAAGAAUGGUGAACCUAGUGCUUCGCCACCCAAGCCUGAACCUCUCGCUUCUAUCAUCAGAGGAGCCGAGGCUUUGGGACUGGUUAUGCUGUGCCAGGGUAAAGCGUAUCCUCGGCGCCUGGCUGUCCAUAUCCUUAGAGAAACUAAGUACUUGCUUGAGAGGCUACAACUGAAUAGAGAUGAACCUGCGCUCAUAGACGCAGCAGACAUACACGUACCGUACUUCACUGAGAAGUGCUUACCUAUUCUGCCACCGACUGAGAAGCAAGCUUUACUGGCUGCAGCUCAACCUGACUUAGUGUGGGUGGCGGAACGAAGCCAUGCUGUUUGGACAGCUGGACUGCAACACGACGAAACAUCUUCGAAGAAUAGCUGGAGUGGGAGCUCUACUAAUGGUGCCGACCCUUGGGAGGUGGUUCUAUUCGGUUUACUCGAGAAAAGUCGGGUGCCGGCUCAGUGUCCCGCGACUGUGUUACAAGCGUGGCCGAUACUGCACGCACGAAUACACGCUCUUUAUACAAUUAUCGAACCAGCACCGGUAAACGACAAUCGUGCGUCUCUACUCUCUCGCGGUCCCGCUUUACCCCGUAAGCCCGAGAAGGAAAGAGACGGCUAUAUGCAAGUAUGGAAGUACUACAUGACAAUGGCAUACCUGGUGGUGCCGGCUGUACCGAGCCCAGUCAUCAGAUGCGCAAGUCCCGACCUAAGCCUGAGCGUGGAGGGCUGGGUCGCGCCGGCUCCGCUGAGCUCGUCCAGCGAGAGCCUCAACACGCCUGGUGGUUUCUUCACGCUGCCCUUGAGCUAUGCGCGCUCUCACAAGCAUCACAAGCGGACGAGUUCGUCGCCCGACUCGCUGAGCGAGCGCAGUGGCGGCGAAGCCCGGGGCGCUCACGCGGCGCCCGCUUCGCUGCACAAGCUCGCGGUGCCGCUGGCGCGCUGCGAGGCGCCCGAAGUGAGGGACGCGGCUGUCGCGGCCUGUGGACAUAUUAAUCCGGACGCGCUCAAGGAUUUAUUCGAAGAACUAAUACCAUUACUGCGAGAAGCCGUCGAUCGCAAACAAGAAAAUAUGCGAAGGCGACGACGACGUGACGCCCUUCGGUUACAUUUGAACAAAAUGUUGCUCAUCAUUGCACAAAGGAAAACAUUCGCUACAAGCUCAUACGCGCUAGAGAGCGGUGGCCUCCACUCCAGCAUCACGGAGUACCUGGAGGGAGUGCGGCAGUGUCUCGAGGUUGAAGCGGAGAAAGAUGCUCCAGCUGCCAGAGAGCAGCGGCUCACAUUUGCUGACUUCGUCACUGAACUCAUUAAGAGUUUUCCACUUGAAAUGUACGGGUCGUUGCUAAAACGGGAGCUGUGCAAGAGCCUGUUCAGCCUGUUCGCCGGCUGGUGUGGGCCGUUAGCCAAACACCUCGGCACCCUCGAGCCGCAGCCGCAGGCACCGGAAAUCGACGACAGGCUCAACCUCGCCGCGCUCAAAGCAAUGAGUGCUUUGGUGUGCUGCGGGCCGUGCUUCGCCCCCGCCGCGCUUGCUGAAGAUGGUUCUCUUUACCCGUGGCUCAGCGAGAUGCUAUCCUCCACCAACGACAAGAUAUACGAACUGGCCCGUGAGACGAUAGUGUUGUUACUCGACUGCAACCCCGACAUCGGGCCGCUGCUGGACUGGACCGUGGACAAGUGCUUUACCGGUCCUCCGAGAGUGGCCGAUGGAUGUUUCAUGGCUCUUGCGACCAUCUUCAGUGCUAGGGAGUACCCGUGCGACCACUACACGGCGAUCAUCAAUGUCACGCUGAUGUGCACUGGCUGUCCAAGGGCUCCGGUUCACGAGAGCGCGUUACAGCUCUUGCAAUUGCUGGAUAAACGUUUCUUUGGCACCGUCGGACCGCUACCGGCUGAUGACGAAAACGCGUCGGAGAAAGGGCGAGGCACGCUGGACGUACUGUUAUGCACGACCUACUGUCGCUCGCAGCUGUAUCUGUCACGACAGCUCUCUCAGCUACACCCGGAGUUAACCAUGCCAAUGUUUUCAGAGAUAACAGCGCGUUUCCAAACCGCUCGUACAGAAGUACGACAAUUGUUGCUUCAGUACUUGUUACCGUGGCUCGUGAACAUCGAGCUCGUUGACCCCAACGUGCCACCCGCCAACCCGCUGUCCUACAUACAGUACUAUGUGUCGGAGGCGGGACGCACAGGACGUCGCGAGGGGCUCGGCUCCGUAGAAGCUACGGAGAUGGUUCUCAACAACCUAUUCUACAUCACAGUAAAGUUCUCGGAUAAUCACCCGAAGGAAAUCGAAGAGUUGUGGUCGACGCUAUGCGCUUGCUGGUCCAACAAUCUCAAGGUCAUCAUUAGAUAUCUCAUCAUCGUCUCGGGGAUGGCACCGAACGAGCUGUUACCAUACGCAAAACGCGUUGUGCUAUACUUGGCGCGAUCGAGGCCCGAGCGUCUCCUGGACGAGAUGAUGACUGAAUUGCAAACCGUGGAAACUCUCAACUGCCUCAUCGAGAGAACGGAGACGCCACCUUUCUACCGACUCACUUCGAUGCGGAAAGCGACAUCUGGUCACAGCGAUGGACCGGGGACCGGCUCACAGGAUGCAACGGGUCGCACGGGAGAGCUGGCUCCGGUUGAAAAAGGCACCAUUCACACUAAGCGCCACAGCGGCGAGGACCCGGCAAAGACAUCCAGUGCUAAAACGGAAUUGCCCCGUAUACAAGACAAGCGCACGUCUGCACCGCCGUGCCCCACGCCGCCCGCCGACGACGACCCGUCACCGCCCUCCGACGGAGACGCUACGCCUACGGGUAUGUGCGGUGAUUCUGGAGGCGCGGUGAGUGCUCCCAGUACCCCGCAGGAAGCGCGCGUUGACUCGCUGCAGCCUCGGCCCCUACCCAUGCCGGAGUACGGGGGCUUUUUCGCUCUUCUCACUGAAUACCUCCCCGACACAAACCAGCCAGUAUCCGGUUUCCACAGGUGCAACGUAGCGGUUAUGCUGCUCUGCGAUGUGGUGUUGGACGGAGUGGAACUCGAUUGGUCCAUACACGUGCCGCUUAUGCUGCACAUAGUAUUCCUCGGCAUGGACCAUACCAGGUGGAUAGUCCAUCAACACUGCCGGCAGCUGCUACUCAAUCUAUUGGUAGCCGUGGCAGCUCACCACGAUCACCUGACGAUCGCGCGAGUGCUGCUGGCGGCUCGAUCAGCCCAGCUUGGUCUCGGUCUACCGCCGCCGCCCUUGCCACUAGUACCGCAUAAUUUUUCUGAACCAGACGCAGUGUUCGACAACUUCCCUCAGUGCGCCCACUCGCCGCGCUCGCACGUGCGCUCACUGUCCUCCGACCCGCAGGUCACCCCCGAAGGUGAAACAGACAAUUAUCCCUCGCUGCCAGUUAUAGUAACUGGCGAAGCGGAACAAGAACCCGAAGCGGAGCCAGAAGCGCCGCCAGCGGAGCUCCCUGUAGCUGACGUCAUCAAGUCCAUGGUUCAUUACUUAGCGAGUAGACCGACGCACAUGCCACUGUGGCAAUAUGAAGACAUCACUGCUAAAGUGUGGAGUCUCCGCAGUUGUCAGCAGAUGGCGACGCUUCUUCGUCACGCACUUCGGAUUUUUCGUGAGUCUCUGCCUCACGCACUAAUAUCGGAGCGCUGGGCGCAGACCGCUUUACAGCUGGGCCUGUCGUGCCCUUCCAGACACUACGCGGGGAGAUCUUUACAGGUAUUUCGUUUCAUCGGCGUGGCCAUGACAGGUCGGAUGGUCUCCGACAUUCUUUCCCGCUUAGUGGAAACUGUCGCUGAACAGGGCGAGGACAUGCAGGGCUAUGUGACUGAACUUCUCCUGACAUUGGAAGCGGCCGUUGAUUCGCUGGAGUCGAACUUCAGACCGCUAGACUACAUGCGUGACAUAUUCAAGAGCACACCAAAUUUGAACAACAAAGAUGGCGGACCACAGCCAAACGGAAACGUAUAUGCUGCGGGUAAGAGAUCGCCGGGAGUGUGUGUCGGAUGCGUCAGCAACCACACGCGCAGUACAAGCUACUCAGUGUCGUACUGCGUUCGCAAGAGCAACGCCCCGCCCUCCGCGGAGAAGCAACCGCACGAACCACGAACCCGACCCUGCGAAUCGACAAAGGGCGUUUGCUCGAAUUUAUGUCGCUCGCGUUCUGCACAAUCACUCAAACUGUUGGGCGACACCGCGACACAGGACGAUAAGCUGACGAUCCUCGCUACACUGUUCUGGGUCGGCGCUUCACUCCUGGAAUCUGACUACGAGCAUGAAUUUCUACUUGGUGUGAGACUCCUCUCGAGGGUCAUGGCUCGUCUACCGCUAGACCGGCCGGAUGCUAGGGAGCGCCUGGAUCGAACACAGGCCCACGGAACGCAUGGACCAUCAUCGCUACACUCGCUGCUGCUAAAGGGUUGCACCCAUCCGAACACGUACGAGCCGGUUGUUGGUGUCUUGGUGGAUAUGAUCCCGCUCCUCGAGCUGCCGGUCAUCGACCCCACGCAGUCUCUCGCCUUCCCCAUGACCGUAGUGGCAUUGUUGCCCUAUAUGUUAUUGCACUAUGAGGAAGCCAAUGAACUCUGCGUACGCGCAGCUUGUCACAUCGCACAGUUUACAGCUGAAAAGAGUAAAAAGCUAGAGAACCUCGGCACGGUGAUGACGCUGUACUCCCGGAGGACCUUCAGCAAAGAGAGCUUCCAGUGGACUAAGUGCGUCGUGAAAUACCUGUGGGAUACGUACUCGCACCUCUCGCUGCAGAUGCUGGCCUUCCUUGUUGAAGUCCUGGAAAAAGGUUCAGUGACUCUGCAGCUGCACGUGCUGUCGAUCCUGCACUGCAUGCUGUACUACGUGGAGCUGAACGCGCCGGCCGCUCAGCCGGUCAAUGCGGACCUGUUGCGCGCUGUUGCGAAGUUUAUCGACCAAGACGGUAAUAACUAUAAAGAAGCUAUGAAGAUCUUGAAACUGGUGGUGACCCGAUGUUCCACGCUCGUUGUACCACCACACUGGGACCACGCCUCCUCUGUACUGGAUACCGACUUACACGGCAAAAAGGAACUUCCGGGCCGUACAAUGGAUUUCACCUUCGACCUCUCCCAAACGCCAGUGAUUGGUCGCAAAUACUUACCGAAGAGUGGCAGUCAUCCUGCCACUGGACCCAGCUCGCUCUCUAACGCCUCUAGCGUCACACCCGAUAAAGGUUCGUCAAUGACAGGCUCCGCGUCCACCGUUGUGGGAGCUGAGACGAGCGGGGCGAAUGCUACUCAACCUCAUAGCGCGGCCUCGCCGCGUCGCUCUCUCUCGCUCUCUCCUGCAGACGCUCUCGCUUCCGGGUGGAAACGACCUUGGAUGUCGCAGAGUCGCGUCCGUGAAUGUCUCGUGAAUCUCCUGACCACGUGCGGCCAGAGGGUGGGCCUGCCGAAGAGUCCAUCUGUGAUCUUCAGUCAAAGUUCGGAGUUGUUAGAGCGAGAGUCCUCUAUGGCAUCUUCCCUGGAGGAGGUGUCAGGUACGCCAGGAAACGAGCCGUCUGGCGGCGCUCCGCCGACGGAUCAUUUCGGAGUCUUCAAAGACUUCGACUUUUUAGAGUACGAGAGUGAGAGUAUCGAGGGUGAGAGCUCCGAUAACUUCAACUGGGGCGUCCGUCGUCGUCUCUUAAGCGAGGAACGCGAAGAGGGCGGAGCUCCCGAGCGCAGUCCUCCGCCCCACCGCAGCAAGCCCCACGAGCACAAUGAUCACCAGCAUCACACGAAAACUGGUCAAGAGGACUCCUCGGAUGAGGAAGGUGGAUGGGAAGAAGGAGGACGAGGAGAAGGUGGGGAUGGCGACGCUGGAUCUGCGCAUGAGCUUGCGUUACGUGCGCGCGCACACUCGCUCUCCAGCGCCUCCAGCGGCGAACCUGAUGGUGAACGUGGUGACGUGACUCCGGUGCCGAGUGCGGUAGGUGGCGCAGUGGUAGCGACACCUGGUGGUCUGGUGGCGACGGGUGGCAGUACGGUGGUACGCGACGCAUGGCGCAGCUCGGUGGCGGCGCUGCUACGGCACGCAGCACACUUGCCCCCCAUGGCCCUCGUGCACAGACUGCAUACAGUACUCAAGGAAGUAACAUCGAAGACCAUCUCGGUUUGCGGCGAGGGUGCUCUACUGUCUGGUUCUGGUGGGUCCGGCGGCUCAGGAGGCUCAGGUGACCUCGCCGCAGUUCUGGAACGACUCAGCUCAGAAGAGCCCCCCUUACUCUGGGUGGGGCCUCUGGCUGCAGACUGCGCCCGAGUACGCGACGCGGUGCGAUACGCGGCUCUUGAGAUUAAUGAACAUCUUGAAACGUACUUCGACAGGCGAGAACACGCUUUGGAGACUCUUGAGCUGUCUCGGAAUGCCGAAGAAACAGGAAGAUGCUUGUAUAAAUUGAUCUUCCAACUGCUGCUGCUGCUGGAAACCAAUAACAAGAUGGUGGUAGCGGUCUACCACGCAGCCCUCGACAACCGGGGUGUAGAAAUGAGCGCGGCGGUAAUGUCGGUGCGAGUGGCGCUGACUGCACACGCGGGCGACUCUUGGGGUGAACAUUCGCCCGCGCCGCACGACGAUGCGCGUCUGCUCCACCUCAUACAACGACAGAGAUGGGGAGCUGCACUAGCAUUGGUUCGCGAACGCAACGCUGAACGGAUUCUGGAACGCGGAGAGCUUCCCGAAGAUGACGUAACGAGCUUGCUACAUGUUUACUGUAAAGGACUUUCGCAAGCACAUCCCGAUAUGGUGGCAAUCACUCGGCCGGUGAACGAACUAUCCCAGAACCUGUCCUUCAUGAUGGAGAGCCUGUACAAGGUGUCAGUAUCCCUACAGCGACAAGAGUUCGGCUGAUGCCGCGCCCCCCGCUCGCGCCACCCAGCUCUCUUUAGCUGCUUUAACAUCGACAUAUAAACGAUGGCGCACAUGUGCGCAACCAACGCAUACACUAGACUGCAUCUACGAUAAUAGUACUUCAUACAUACUCAUCCAAAUAUACUCAGAUCAAAUAACGCGCACUAAAUGACCCCUACUCUUAGCGACCUAGAAUUGAUAUAAAUUAUUAACUAUCAUUCCCGGUAUUACAUUUUAAAACUAUUUUAUGCAUUAAGUUAUUAACAAACAAACAUCACACUACGUUCGACGAAUUCGGUAAAUGAUAUGUUGCCGUGUGUACUAGUUGCAUCUACUUCACCAGCUGAAACAUCAAAACAGAAUUAUCGGACGAUAUACCUACGUCGCGUAUCACAGCUUUGUGCUCAGGCACACACAGACACCCAGCUUUGUUAUAAUCAAUACGUAACAUCAUUUCGAAGUUAUCCUUCC